GCUUUAAAAGCUGCAAGUAACCAACACAGGAAGCUAUCAGUCAUAGCUGCCGUUAAGAAACAACUUCUAUGUGCGAAAUGUAGCUGUCAUUUGUGAAGGCUGAUGACAUUACAAGGCAGCUCCUGACGAGAGAGAGGUGCCAGAUUUGGGGGGUAAGUACAUAUCCUGUUAAGACAGUUAAGUUGGGUAGAAGUCGUUUGACUUCUGUUUUUAACCUUACUGAAUGAAAUGAUUUUGUAGGUGAUCCUACAUAAUACAAAACUGCAUGCCUUUUUAUGUUUUAUUGUUUAAUUGUGCUGUAGGAAUGGUCAAUACAAACCUUUAGGAAGUCCCUGAAACUAAAAGCAAAUAUUUACAGUUUUACAUUUUCUUUGGAUUUAUUUGUGAUACUGAUAGGUUGUAGAUUUUUACCUUUGUUUUCUGACCUGUUGCAUGACUGAAUGUCUCGUGUUGUAGGAAAGAAGGUCAGAAAUCAUGUCCACUGCAAAGAAAAAAAGGAUUGGUUCACGUCGCCGGGUAACAAAUCAAAAUAAAACGUCUGAGGAUGAUGAGUUUCUUGCAAAGGAUAGCUCUGCUGUUACACAACAAAACAAACCAGAGAGAAGCCCUGAAUCAGUCGGUGCAUUUGCUCACCUGGAUCAUUUAUCAUCUCUGACCCAAAAUCCACCUUCACCAGAACUCUCAGGGAAUAGAAGAAAAUUUGGGUCAAGUCAAAGAAAUAAAGGACGACAUGUCAGAGACUCUGCAACAGAAUUACGCCACAGUCCGACAGAGGAAGUGGAAGAAAAGACCAAGAGUAUUGAAAGCCCUGAAAGAACUCAAAUGUCAGCGGCAAUACAGCCUGAGAAGCAGGAAACAUUUAGUCAAGGUAGUGAGCAUGACAUGUCUGGGACUUAUGAAAGCCUCCUGUGUUUGUCAGAAGAGAAACUUCCCAAUGUGCGUUCUGCAAGAGAGAUCGAGAGCAAUGAUGUGGAGGUGAACACAGAAGUGUUGAAACAGGGUGGAAAUUUUCACAGCAACUACUUGAGUGAGUCAAAAGCAGAAUUAGCAGCUACACAGUUUGCUGCCUCACAGGAGACAACCACAGAUGAAAGCAGCGCUAAAGAUCACACUGAAGUUGAUCUUAACGUACAAGAAACAUUUAAACCACUGAAUGAAGAGCUGUCUACUGAACAGGAACAGCGAAUACUUAUACGGGUAUCUGAAGAUUAUCAACCUUUAUAUGAUGAUGUGAGCAAGGCCACAGAGGAGGAGAUGAAGCAAACACAAAAUUACAAAAUGGAAAAUAGUGAAGGUCUGGUACAUGACAGACAUGCAUCAGAAAACCUUUCUAGAGACCCACUUGACCAAGCUGAGGCUAGGGACACGCAGGACCUGGACUUUACUGAGAAAAGUAUGGCUGAUUCUGAUGAUUUUGCAAAGCCUGAUGGUCCAGUUCUUCAUGAAAAAGAGGAUAAGCAACCUGAAAAAGACAACUUUGAGGCCUUUGACAACAAGGAGGAGGAUGAACCACAAACCAGUGACACAGAUAGAGUUGAUACUGAACUGGAGUCAGAGAUCACUAUUCCUGACCCUGAUUUGAGCAGAUCCACUUUAGGAGUGUUACAGUCAGAAAUAAACUCUCUUGUUGACUUCCAGCCUCAGGACAGUUGUACUACCACUAAGGAUGAGCACGAUACAGACCUCAACCCUUUUAGGCACAGGAGAAAACUUGGGUCAAGCCGUAAACAUAACGUAAGGCAGCAGGUUGAGGACCCUGCUGUGGAAUCAGAAAUAAACUCUCUUGUUGAUUUCCAGCCUCAGGACAGUUGUACUACCACUAAGGAUGAGCACGAUACAGACCUCAACCCUUUUAGGCACAGGAGAAAACUUGGGUCAAGUCGUAAACAUAACGUAAGGCAGCAGGUUGAGGACCCUGCUGUGGAAUCAUACUACAAACCUACACUGGAGGUAUCAGAAAAUACUGAGGGUACACAAGAGUUCAGAGGAGAGAUGUCAUUCGCAGCUGAGACAGCAGUGCAGGAAAAAUCGAUGCAAAGUACACUUAAAGAAAUGGUAAAAUCUGACCCUCAUCAAACUGAAGGUCAGGAGAGUGAGAUUCAGCAAUUCCUGGGCACAGUAGAUGAAAACAGCCCUGAAGAUCAUCCUGGGACUGAAGACAAUACAGAGAAAGCAAAAUUUGCAUCACAUACAGGGGAGUGGUCACCAGCUGAGGAACAAAUAGAUGCUUUACCCGUAGGACAAGGUGCUCAUCAGUCAAGGAAUGCUGAAAGCACAGUACAUGCAACUGAGAUAGUGCAAACACAAGAAAUGUUUGAAACUGAUCAUUCAUUUGAAAAUGUAAUAUAUGAUGAAAUAGUCUCCAGAAGCCCACUAAACCAAGAAAUCUGUGACACACUUGGCCAGUCAGAUUUCUCCAUGGAAACAAACAGUGAUUCUUCCACCAAGCAAGACAACUCAAAUCCUGAUGCCACACAAGGUGAGCAUUCAACAAGAGAGAGUGAUGCGAACACUUUUGUACCCAGAAAUGAUGAUUAUGAUGAGAAGCCAGUGAUUAUGGAUGGAGAAAAAGUGGAUACUGGACUUGGUCAGAUUGACAGCAGAGAAGAGGGUGAUACAAAACUCAGUCCUGAGCAAACAGUUCAACUUGAAAGGUUAGAGGAAAGCGAAACUUUUCAGACUUUGGAAUCAGAGAUUCGUGUUUCUGCAAACUUCCAACCUCUGCAACCUAACUGUAGCCUUGACUCCCCUGCUGCUGACUCAAACCAAAAACCUGCAGAGGAAAAAGAUGAAGAGACUGAGGAUAAUGAAACUCUUGAAACUAAAAUCAUCUCAUCAACAUCUGAGACGGCAUCGAUGGACUUUUUAAUAGAAACCACAGCGGAAGAGGUGGAUACAUUUGAUACUGCUUCACCUAAAGACAUAAGUGAUGAAGUUAAAUGUCAAGAAGAUGUUGGCACACCUACUGACGUCUCUGAGCUUACCAGUUCUAGUUUGCAUUCAAGUUUAACAGCAGGUCAAAACCUUGAUAUUCAACAGGAUGAAGAACUCCCUUAUUCAUAUUCUGAAACCAUAGAAGAAAGGGAUGAGGACUCGACACUGUUAAAGUCACAUGUAAAUCUACAGAACAACCAUUCAGAGUGUGAGACAUACCCAAAAUCUGAAGAUACUGAUUCUUUUGUUGUUCUUGAGACAACAACAGAAACCUCCAGGCCCAAAGAGCUUAAACAUCCUGAAAGCAACAUGGAGUGCACUGACUUUGGAUCAUUCAGUGAAGAGUUGGGUACUAGUGAGACACAAAAUAAGAUUUUUAACUGUAGCUUUGACUCCUCUGCUGCUGACUCAAACCAAAAACCAGCAGAAGAAAAAGUUGAAGAGACUGAGGAUAAUGAACCUCUUGAAACUAAAAUCAUCUCAUUAACAUCUGAGACAUCAUUAAAGGACUUCUCAAUAGAAACCACAGUGGAAGAGGUGAAUACAUUUGAUACUGCUCUACCUAAAGACGUGAGCGAUGACAUUAAAUGUGAAGCAGAUGAAGAAAGGGAUGAGGACUCAACAUUAUUGAAGUCACAUGUAAAUCUGGAGACAUGCUUAAAAUCUGAAGAUACUGAUUCUUUUGUUGUGCUUGAGACAACAACAGAAACCUCCAGUCCUAAAGAGCUUACAGAUCCUGAGAGCAACAUUGAGUGCACUGAAUUUUCAUCACUAAGUGAAGAGUUGGCACAAAAUGAGAUUUUUAGCUUUGUUGAAGUCACAGGAGUUCUGCAUCCAAGUAAUGCUUUCACUGAGGUGCACGAACAAGGGGAGGAAAUACAAGAAAUCAAUAAGUCAUCUGAAAGGACAGCUGAUGAGACCACAGGAAAUCCUUUAAGUGGCGAACCUGAAAUGAUGGAGCAAAAUAUUGACCCAGCAAGCAUGCAGGACACCCCAGAUACAGAUGACAGUCUACUGAACAACAUGAAGACGGAAGAAGUCCACUCUGAUGCCAAGGAAUUAGACACAAUUACCCCCUGUGACGGCCCAUCCCAGGACCCUCCUCACAGCUAUGAGGAACAAACAUGCACAGGCUUUAACCCCAUUAAGAGUCGUAAAAAAAUGGGGUCUAGCAGAAGAUACAAAGACCAAAAGCAGUUUAAGGAUCCUGAACACAUGGCCUGUGAUAAACUUGAGACAUCACAAACAGAGAAAGACAGCCAGGAAGAAUUAAGUCAAGGUAGUGAGUAUGCUAGUAUCAUGCCUGUAACACACGAAGGCCCUUCAGCCCUUAUACACUCUGGAGUUCAGAGCCCCACUUCAGACAACCAUCCAGAGACUGACCUGCAAAGCUUCAUUCAUAUCAGCAAAAGUGUCCAGCAAGACCACGAUGACAGAGGGACUGACUUUAGGGUAGAGGAAUCUGACAAACCGGUGGAUGUAACUCUUGAUGAAGAGGAAAACUCUAACAUUCAUCAGAAAGCAGACCUUAAAGGUGCUUGCCAUUCAGAGGAGUCCUUAGGUGAAGUUCAUGUCCAGGAUGUUGUGUCACAACCGAUGCAAGAAGUGCUUCAAACUAACAUCUACUCUGAAAAUUUGAUGUCUGAUGAGACAGAAUAUGCAGAAAAAAAAUUGGGAGGUCUGAUCGCAGAAGCCGAAGUCGGUAAUACCUACGAAUCUGACUUGACUAUAAAGAGAAGUGAUGGUUCUCAAGGUGAGCAGGAAGGGUCUCAACUCUAUGACAUUCUGGAAGAGGAAACUAUAAAUGAUGUCAGCAGAGAGGCUUCAGACUUAGGGAAAGCUGUUUACCACGGUGAUACCAAAAACCUGCAUCAAAUAGAGAAAGAAGAAGGUGAAGCCAUUGCGGCAGGUCACUCAGACGAGACUGAAGUCUGUAAAGAUUACGAUAUAAAACCCUGCGAUGAGAAAACUGGGUUUCAGGAGAAAGAAGGUGUCUUUUUUGGAGUGGAGGAGGGUGAAUCAUCCAACUCCCAAGAUCAGCAGGUUGACUAUGAACAAAACAAAAGCACGGCAGUUGAAGCACACCGGGGACUUAUGUUGGAAGAUUUUCAAGAGGCACUCCUUCAUACUAUAAUAUUACCAAAAGAAGACAUAGUAGUGCGGGAACAAUCAAUGGACACCAUCUCUGAAGGAGUAGAUACAGCUGAUACCACUCUGACGGAAGAAGUUGGUGAUGAUGCACAAGAUGGCACGCUUGUUAGUGAACGCUCUUGUCUGAGCUUAAAUUCAGCACAGGAACAACUCCUGAAAGUGGGUUAUACUCAGGAAGAAGAAAAGAAGGAAAGAGAUAUGGAGGAAGAGUCAUUUAGAUUGGAUGGAAACUUACUUGGUAGUGAUGUGGUGACUGAUUAUGAUCUAGCACAAGAGUUGGCUGUGAAGAAAAAGCAAUCUGGAAAAAAUACUGAAAAUGAAAGUAUUGUGGAGCAAACAGCAUGUUCAAUGUCUCAAGGGCUUUUGUCUAGGAAUGAGGAAGAGAAAGAACAUUUCACCUCAUCUCAAGUCACAGUAACUUGCCACUCAGGGGACACUACACAUGAAAUACUUGAAGAGCUAAUACAAGUUCGAGACAUACAUGAAAUUAUGGCUGCCACAACUGAGACUGAAUCCACUGUAGAGGCACAACAGUGUGACAUUAAUUUUUCUUUGGACUCAGAACCUCAGCAAAUUGACGACAAUGUAAACCCACUUAGGACCAGGAGAAAAAUGGGGUCUAGUCGUAGAAAUAGAAGACAACAGAAGGACACAGAAGCUUCAGACAAAUCCCAAGAGGUAAUUGUGGAAAAAGAGGGCAACGAUGAUGCCCUGCAUGUGAAAACAACAUACAAGUUUGCAAUGGACAACAUCAAACUGGAAGAAGUGGAGGAGCACACAAAUGUAUACCCCAGCUCUACAGUGGAAAUAGGGGAAGACAAAGAAAACCCAGACGCUGUUUUGCCAGGAAGUUUGAUAGACAGUGGUGCAAUAACAACAACACCCAUAACUUUGAGCUUGGGUAGAGACAACUUGGCUGAAUCCUGUCAGGGCAUGAAUGAAGACGAAAAUAUACAGCCAAGAAAUUUGAGCGCGCUCACUAGUCAUGAGACGGUUAAAUUUGUCCUGAGAGAGUCAGCAGAAUCAGCUUGUAAAGAUGACUCAGAUAUGCAGAAUACCUCUUGUCAUGAUGAUAUUGCCAAUGCAAGGUCAUUCUCCCCUAUUCUUCUUGAGCAAGAAGAUGACUUUGACCAAAACAAGGAAGCUUUAUCUUAUGACAAAGACAUAGAAAUUAGUAUGCAACAGACAAAUGAUGCCAUAGAUACUGAGGGACAUGCCACAGUACAUGACAAUUACACUGAAGCAGACACUUCAAUGGAGAUUCCUCUCACUGACAAGGAUGAACAUGGAGAAAAUUUUCAAGAGCCUAUGAAGAAGGACCACAAAGCCCAGGAUAUUAUGGCGUCAAAGGAGAUCAUACCCACUGAACUGUUUUCAGCUUCACACAAGAGUGACUCUUCGGCUCAGUUGGAUGCUGGUCUCGUGGCAAACAUCAGGGUAGAGUCUCCUGUGGCUGUGACUAAGCAAAGUGGAACUUCUACGGCUGUCAGUGCGAUGGAUAGCCUACAUGAGGUACAAGAACAAACUGCUUCAGAUGAUAGUGAAACUUUGGAAGAAAAGUCCAAACACAGGAAGAGAAGAUUUGGCUCUAAUCGCCGCAUCAAGCACAAAGUGAACCAAGAGGAAGCACCGCCAAACAAAGACCAAACCAGUAACAGGGAAUUCAGCAUUCCUACUGGAGCCAAAGAAUCUGAAAAAAUAAAAGUAAUAGAGGAGUUUCCAGUGCAUGUGAGUGCAGAGGUUUCACAGGGUGAGAAAAUAGAGCCAUCGCAGAGUUCAGUGAGUAUAAUCCAACAAGAGACUGAUGAGACCAGCAGUGUUCUUGACAAGGGACCGAAGCUACUUAUUAGUACCCCAGACCCAGAGAAGGUAGAGAGCAGUAUGAUAUCAGACAAAAAGGUCAUGAUGUCGUCAGUUACUGAGGAAUAUGGUGUCACAGGAGAGAGUGGUGUGUCUUUAGAUGAGACCACACAGGAUGCCCAAAUUGAAGAGGAAAGGCCAGGAAGUAUCGACACAACACAGAAUCGAGCUUUAGAGUCUGUAGAGGGGCAGUUUCAGGCUGUGGGAGAUUCGGGAAUGAGGCAAUCUGUAGACAGUGGAGGUGAAGAAAUGCAAAAGAGUGCUGAAGUUUGCACACUGGAGUCAAGCACGGUAGAUGAAGAAGGUCAGAACACAAGUCUAGACGUAAAGGAUUCAAACCCAGUUUUUGGUUCAACAAGCCAAAGGAGAAAGUUUGGUUCAAGUCGGAAGAUUCUCAAACCAAAAGACAAAGCAGACUCAUCUCAAAAACAUGAAGUGCGUAAUGAGGCUGUUGAGACCACAACAAAUGCUGAAGACGAAAAGACGGGUGUUUUUUCAGAUAUCAAAGAAGUGCUUCAGCUCAACAUAGAUCAGAAAGACAGGGAGUCUAAAGAUCAAGUAUGUGACACAGAUAAGAACAGCCUUACCGAGGAUUCUCACUUGACACCAUUAGCUCAGCAGUCAUCAGUGGAAAACUCUCUUUCUAAAAGCCAACAACAGGAAACCAAGCUUCUUAUAACUCCACAAAAUCUCCCUACGAUGCUAUCAACGUCUCCAAAAGAAGAUGUGAUGUCAGAAUCUGCAUCUGGUGGAAGAAGAAGAAAAAUGGGAUCGAAUCGAAAGUCUCGACAACACCAAAGAAAUGGAAACCAAACUGAAAAGAGAAUAGAAGACACGCAAAAUGGACCUGAUGGCGAUGAUGCCACAGAAGAAAGUGCAGUCAAGACAACUGAAGAGAGUCAAAGUCUGCCUGAAACAUCUGAGGUAAGAAACAUUUGUUUCUGAUUGUUUUCUUUUUCUUUAUCAAAAAAUUCAAGGCAUAUUUCCUCUUGUGAAAUCAAACACUGGGAGGAAUCUUCACACGAUUGUUUCACAUAGUGCCUAAACAGAGGAAGGGACAGUGGUCAGCAUUUCAUUUUAAUAUGAGUUUUAACCAAUUUUAAGUCACCUUCCAAACACUUCAUUGUGUUUUGCUUCUUUAUUUCAUUUUUUGUUGAUAGAUUUUGAACAAUUUGCUGUUUCCUCUCACGGAAGUUAUACAUUUGUAAUACUCAACUUCCCCUUUGUGAGAAACCUCUUGCACAUUGGUUAAGUGUUUGUUUCAAAAAAGAACAAAAUGACCGAGGAACUAAAAUGAGGAACAUGCUGCCCACACUUCAAGUUUCAUACAUCGAAAAGGAGAACAUUAAGAACUAUCUAACUUCUUGAUCUCAGUAGUUGCAUGUAUUUUUGUCUCAAAUUCACUCACACUGGCCCAAACACCAACGGUCAUGGGAUGUUGGGAAAAAGCCUGCAGGAAACAGAGCAUAAUUUAACUUGAAUGACUCUUAGACUGCUGUCUCUGAGCAUUACUAACUCCCUGCCCUCUCUUUGAAAGAAAGUACUUUGUGAUCACAACAUUACUACACAACAUUGUUACUGCAUCUUACAUCAGUGGAUGAAAAAAGUAGCCUAAAAAAACUGGUAACUCCUUUAACAAUACACAGAACUAACAUCCUGUGUGAAGAUUACUUCAGGGAAACCCACUUAAUGCAAAUUUUACAUUCUAAGCUGCUGAGGUAAUUAAUAUUGGAUUGUUAUUGAAAUGAAAAGUCACAAGUAGAGACUAUAGUUUUAAUUUAGAAGAUAAUAUUCAAAAAGAGGAAGACUUGGUAUAAUGAAAAAUGUUGAAUGUUGUAGAUGUAUCAAUUCAAUACCUCCUCCAUUGUUGUCUCACUGUUAAUAUGUUUUUGAUUGUACAGGCUGAAAAACCAAACCUGACAGCAGAAUCACCACACAGCAGCACCUCAGAAGCUGGACAAGACAUAAAGCCUGUGAGGUAAGUCUCUGAAGCCGACGAUGAACAGAAAUUUUAACGCUGUGGCAUCCAUAAGUAGCUUUUCACAAUAAAAUUUUGAUGUAUUUGGUUGGGUUACUACCAGGGAAGAAUCUUCUCUUAUAUUAUUAUGAUUAUAAUCAGCCUUUAAACUGUAAGCAGCACUUAAUAAACAGUAGUAGAAAGUUUAGUGUAUUUUGCAACUGUGUUCAAAAUCAACAAAUAUGUUUACAUUAAGAUUCCCAUGGCAGCUUACGCUCACUUUCUCUCCACAAAGUUUUUGAGUUAAGAAAAACUCUUGCCCAUUUUAUUUUCUUGUAAUUAUACAACAACUUUGCAAUUAUUUUUGAACUGAUAUUCAGUGUUGUGCAACAGACAUCCACAGAAAAAUUUAACUACUAAAACUGUAGAAAUAAUAACAUAAAAGUAAUAUUUAUAUACAGAUAUAUUAUUUCCAGAUCAUAAAGACAAACAUUUGUUGCUUUAAUCACCAAAAAAUUCUCCAUCAAAAUCUCAGAAACCCCCAGCAGUGUUUACACUCUGUUUGUUAGUGUAAGUGUUUAUAAUGCAGAUUGUAACGGUUUCAUGACACUGCAGUGCUUCACGCCUUUGCAUUUGUGUAAUUUUUCAACACCAGUUUGUUUCUUAAACCAGCUAAAUAGAUGGGAUGCAGAGUUGAACAUGCAAAAUGAGCUCAUUAGGCUUAUGAAUUACAUGAUAUCACAAUAUGAUUCUUUUUAUUGAAGGAUUAGUUUGUAAGUAAACGCUAUUUGUGUAAUUUUGCCCUAAAAUUAUUGAAGUCUGUUUGCCUUAGGGGGUGGGAUAUGUAUUUGAAGGUCUGCAGAUUUUGUCAUAGCUAUGCUAGCAUGAAUGUAUUUUUACCUGUGUAAUUUUUCUGUUUUCCAUUAAAGCUCAGUUAUAGGAGACAUUAAAGGCAACUUAGACCACUUCUUGUUGUGUCCGUUUGUAUAAAUGCUCUUGAAAUUACCACCAAGGGUGAGUGUUGUGUUUUGUUUUCUUAAUAUUUAUCCAUGAUUGUUUGUCUCCUGCACAGCGAGAAGACGUCUGUACAAGCGACUCCAGUUAAAGAACCCAACACUGAAAUCUGCCUGGGUCAAGAGACACAGAAGACAGUUUCCCUUGGUAAAUGGCACAUUCAUACCUACUCACAGUGGUCAGAGUUGCAGCAAAAUGUGGCAGAUUGUAUAGAGAUAAUGAUUUAAGGGAAGUUUAAUAUGAAAAAAGUUGUGCUUUUAUUGUUUAAGGAGUUAACACCGGAGGAGCAGCAGGCAGAUCAAAGAGUUUCAAUGUGGUGAUGGUUGGAGACAGCAGUGUCGGCAAGACCUCCUUCAUGAGAAGAGCUCAAAGUGGAAAGUUUUCUCUGGAGAUACCUGCUUCUAUCGGUAAAGUCCUGUUAUUUGUCCUACUCGACCCCAUGAAAGUGCAUAAAAAAUCAAGAUAGUUCCACAUAAAAAAUCAAGACAGUCUCACAUAAAUCCUUUUUUCUGUAGGACUUGAUUCUUGCUUGUGGACCGUGGUUGUGGAUGGAAAACCCGUGGUGCUCCAGUUGUGGGAUACAGCAGGUCAAGAAAGGUAGGUUUCCAUGUACAGACCUUGUCGAGGUACAUUUUUGUCUUUUGCUCUUCUAUUCAAACAUAUGUACAGAUUAAAGCAGUUUUAUGUAAGAGAAUUACACCCUUUUAGAAGACUUCAUACAAGUACAAAUACUCACUAAAAAAACUCUGAUUUCCACAAUUUGUUGUAAAUUAAAGAAUGAAAGAAGAAAACAAACGGGUUCUAAGAGCAAAAAGCCACAUAUUUCAGGAAAAAAAAUCACUUGAAUACAUUUUCUGAAAUUGUGAACUCAUAAAUUUUAAAGAAACAAGGCAGAUAUCAUCUGGGCUCAAGCUUGUAUUUACCAGCAAAAAAGGAGAAAAAUGUUCUUUGGUCAAAGAAACUUGCUUCUCUAUGGCAUGCUUACCUAAACCUAAUGCUUACAAUACUUAACACCAGCAUAAGUGAUGGCCGUUUUUUUCACAGAUAAAGACAGAUUUUCACAUUUUACAAGAAGUCUGACAUUAGCUUCCCCAACAUUUUCACUUUCCUCCACAGAAGCCUUAAUAUACCUUUACACUUUUUAAACUUUUUUAUAACUUAAAAUAAAUUUUAAAUUUGGUAUCGAGAAAUGGGUGGAUAGUGAAAGCCUAAGGUACUCAGCUAUUUUAGACCCUAGAUGUCAGAUCAUUUCACAGACUGUAUCUCCCCUCCUUUUAAAAAGUGUGGCCAAUGAUAGUGAAAAUUAGCCGAGAAGGACAUCCCACAUGUUCCCAACCUACUAAGCUAAUGAAACUGUGUAUCAUGCCCCAUUCUUUUUGAAUUAGAAAUGUGUAAAGGUAUAAAAUCACACGAUUCAAUCUUCUCUUUUUUAAGAUCAUAAAACCAGCUUGUUUUGUGUCCAUCAUGACCAGAGCCAAAGUUCUUUGUGAGGACUUUUGUUGUUCAGGAUAGCUGUCACUGAGACACUGAUCUUGUUUAAUCUUGGAGACAGCUAAGGUGGUCUUGAGGUAGAGUACAGAUUCAGACUGUAGGGCAGAGAGCUCCUGUUCAUAAAAGGCAGGAGACUAAUAAAAGUCAUUAGACAGAGUAGAGAGGGGGCAUGAUUGUUAAAGCUAUUAAUUAUUGUUUUUUUCUAUGUGGAGGAGGGUUCAUCAAUGAUAGCUAUCAAUGAUAACUCCUCCUGAUGUCUCAUGACCCGUCUCCUCACGCAGACUGAAGGCAGCAUCCUGGUUCUCUAGCUGUUCUCUAACUCCUGCAGUCAGCCAAGACAUCUGACGGGAACAGUGUUUACAUACCUGACAUCAUUAGACCGCUUUUGAUUGUAGCGAGUCACGCAUGAUGCAAAUAUGUUACCAGAGGCAGCUGAGUCCGAGAACAUGUUCGGUACAAUGUACUGCAAACACACUCAAAGUGUUAAGAAGAGUCCUUAAAGCCGGGCUCAAACCUGUUUCAGAACUGGUUUGGCUCCUCUCAGCAAUGUUUUGUUUUCUCAAUUAGCACAAAAGAUGGGGUUGAAAGACGUUCAGGCUGUCCGGAUUUGCAUAGAACUUCAACAUGUGGGACGUACAGUAAGAAGGUGCUCUGUGUAUAUCAGACGUUUACUGUGGAUAAUAUGGAUCCUGAAGAUUGAGUUGAAAAAGGGGAAACAUAAAGCCUUUUAUACACUAGGUUACAAAAACAGCUUUGAUGGAUGUAACAAAAGGAUUUCCUGGACAGCACUGCAGAGAUCAUUGUGCCAUUAUCCAUGUAGCUGAAAAAUGUACUCUGAAUGUGUCUCUAGGAAAAUGCUUCAGGGGAAAACCGCAAACUCGACCAACCAGUAUCAUUACACUAUAAUCAGCACUCCUCAGCCUUUGGGCUGUUUCAUUAUCACCCAUUGUUCCACACUGAGUCCAAAACAAACAUAUUGUGUCCUCCUCUCAACAGAGAAACUUUUUUUUUUUUUUUUAAUUUUUUUGUUCCAGUUUUGUAGAGUAACAGGUUGCUCCUGUCUGAAUCUGCAUUGUCUUUUCUUUAAUCUGAACAGGUUUCACAGCAUCACCAGACAGGUUUUCCACAGAGCUCAGGCCUUUCUGCUGAUGUAUGACGUCACUUCCUCUCAAAGCUUUUCUGCAGUCAGCUACUGGGCGAGCUGUAUCCAGGUAUGAUACUGUUGUCACCUCACACUUUAGAUAGAUAGAUAGAUAGAUAGAUAGAUAGAUAGAUAGAUAGAUAGAUAGAUAGAUAGAUAGAUAGAUAGAUAGAUAGAUAGAUAGAUAGAUAGAUAGAUAGAUAGAUAGAUAGAUAGAUAGAUAGAUAGAUAGAUAGAUAGAUAGAUAGAUAGAUAGAUAGAUAGAUAGAUAGAUAGAUAGAUAGAUAGAUUUUUAAUAAAAAACUUCCUCAGCAUGACACUGUAUGUUUAUGUUUCUGCUGCUCUGUACUUCAUCAUAUGCUGCAUUAACUUGAUUGGUUGUAGGUCUGUACAAUUGCUUCCAAUGUCACUUUGGCAUUCAUUGCUAACACCUCCCAGCCCACUGAGGAUGGAAUUUAGACGUUGCUCUUUAACCCAUUAUUCGAUAACUAUUUAUUUCAAGAAGCAACUCUGAGUUGCAUAACUGAUCUGCAAAUACUUAACCAAAAUAUUAAUGAUAGCCGUUGAUCAAUAAACAGUUAAACCUCUGUUAGUCUAAACUUGUUCUAAAUUUAGACGUCUAAAAAACUUUCAUUUUUAGACCUGUGGUAGCCUGAUUGUAGACCAGUCAUCUAGGCUACAUUUAGACGUUUAUUUGACCUCUUUCAGACCAAAAAAUGCUCAGUGGGAGUAAAAAGGAAUGAAUUGGUUGAAAAAUUUGCCAAAAAAAGCACCAAUGUUAAUUUUAGCCUGUUUCACAGCUAGUUAAAAACAAAAUUUAGGUUAGACAUAGUAAGGCUUUUGUAGGAUAUAAAAAAUAAGGGACUAAUCGUGACCCAGCCCGCACAUUUACCCUGGAGCGUGUUUCUUUCAGGAUGGGGCUGCAGAAGACGUGACUGUUUUACUUCUUGGAAAUAAGAGUGACCACGUAGGACGCCGUGUUACAGCUCAGGCGGGGGAAAGUCUUGCUAAGGUAGGAAUGUGUGGCACCUUCAGUUUUUUAGUUAGAGCUAGAAUACGACUCAGUGAUUCAAAUUAAAAGCUGCUGUUUAACUUCCACAGGAGUACAACUUUGGAUUCAUGGAGUGCAGCGCUGCUACAGGAGAAAAUGUGAUCCACUCUUUGGAGACUAUAGCCAGGUAACACACUCAGUGCUCACAUCACCUGCAUUUUGGUUGUCAUUUUCUGAAGCGUGACCUUUAAAAUCCUCUGUUUGUAACUCCCACAAUUCACCGUGUUGAUGUUUUGAUUUUUUGCCAGGAUGUUGGAUCAAAAAGAUGACACAAGAGAAGAGGCCUCGGUGCGCUUCGAAGAGCCGCAGAAGAAGAAAUCAUCAGGAUGUUGCUGAACAGACAUAAACAGAGAACAACUUGUUUUUUUAGAAAGUUUGUACAAAUGUAUAUCAUGACUUAAACUGCAGCUUAAACUAAAAUCUACUUGUACAAAUGAUAUUUAGAGGGGCAGGUGGAUAAAUUUAAAUUUUUUCUUCAUAA